AUGGCAGAAUCACUCCUCUUUGGCGUGGCAGAGUCAUUCAUUGAAAAACUUGCAUCCGUUGCUGUUGAAAAAGCUUCUCUAACGCUCGGUGUCUACGACAAUCUUCAAGAAAUCAAAAACACUGUCUCACUCAUCAAAGCCGUGUUGUUGGACGCUGAACAAACGCAAUGGCAGAACCAUGAGCUGCGUGAAUGGUUGAAACAGAUUAAGCGGGUCUUCUAUGAUGCCGAAGAUGUAAUCGAUGAUUUUGAGUGCGAGGCCUUGCGAAAGCACAUCAUCAACACUUCAGGUAGCAUCAGAAGGAAGGUAAAACGUUUCUUCUCAAAUUCUAAUCCUCUUGUUUACCGCCUUAAAAUGGUGCAUCAAAUCAAACAUAUCAAAGAGAGAUUUGAUAAGGUUGCUGCUGAUAGGCUUAAGUUUGGCCUUCAAAUCAAUGAUAGUGAUAACCGUGUUGUAAAAAGACGUGAAUUGACACAUUCAUAUGUGAAUGAUUCUGAUGUGAUAGGAAGAAAACAUGAUAAACAAAAAAUCAUUAAUCAGUUAUUGCUAGAUAGUGGUGAUAGUAAUAGUCUCUCUGUUAUUCCUAUUGUUGGAAUUGGAGGAUUAGGAAAAACUACACUUUCAAAGGCAGUGUUUAAUGAUAAGAGUUUAGAUGAGACUUUUUCAUUGAAGAUGUGGGUUUGUGUCUCUGAUGAUUUUGGACUUAAGAAUCUGCUUCUUAAAAUCCUAAAUGCAGCUAGUGUUAGUGGUUCUGCUACUGGUCCUAACCCAAUUCACCAAGCGAACUAUACAAACCAUGAUUUGAAUCAGCUACAAAAUCAUCUGAGAAAUGAGAUUGCUGGUAAAAAGUUCUUGCUCGUCUUGGACGAUGUAUGGAACCAGGAUCGUGUCAAAUGGGUUGAGUUGAAGAAUUUAAUACAAGUAGGUGCUGAAGGAAGUAAAGUCUUAGUGACUACACGUAGCCACUCAAUUGCCAAAAUGAUGGGCACCAACACAUCAUACAUUUUGGAAUUGAAAGGUCUUUCUCCGGAGGAUUCCUUGUCUGUAUUUAUCAAAUGGGCUUUUAAAGAGGGAGAAGAGAAAAACUAUCCAGAAUUGAUGAAGAUUGGGAAAGAAAUUGUACAAAAAUGUGGAGGGCUUCCUUUGGCCCUAAGAACAUCGGGGAGUUCUCUAUUCCUAAAAGUUGAUGUGGAAGAGUGGAAGUUUAUCAGAGACAGUGAAAUUUGGAAUUUACCUCAAAAAGAAGAUGACAUUUUGCCUGCUAUCAAAUUAAGUUACGAUCAGUUACCUUCUUAUUUAAAACGAUGUUUUACUUGCUUCUCCCUCUUUCAAAAGGACUUUACAUUUACUAAUAUGGAUGUUAGGAUGCUUUGGGAGGUGCUUGGUGUUCUUCUGCCACCAAACAGGGGUAAAACCUUGGAAGGUACUAGCAUUCAGUUACUGCAAGAGCUUUGGUCAAGAUCAUUUCUUCAAGAUUUUGUAGACUUUGGUGGUGGUAUUUGUACAUUUAAAUUGCAUGAUUUAGUGCAUGAUCUUGCAGUGUAUGUUGCAAGAGAUGAGUUUCAAUUGAUUGAAUUUCAUAAUGAAAAUAUACUCGAGAAUGUCCUUCAUCUGUCAUUUAUUAAAAAUGAUUUGCUUGGCGUAACACCAGUUCCUACUGGUCUGAGAACUAUGCUAUUUCCUGAGGAAGCCAACGAUAAAGCUUUUUUAAAAACUUUGGCGUCAAGGUGCAAAUUCUUACGGCUUUUACAGUUAGCUGAUUCUAAAUAUGAGAGUUUGCCCCGCUCUAUUGGCAAAUUAAAACAUUUGAGAUAUCUCAAUCUUAAGAAUAGUAAAGAAUUGAAGAGCCUCCCUAAUUCACUGUGCAAACUCCAGAAUCUGCAUACUUUGGAUCUCGAUGGAUGCAUAGAGCUUCAAACAUUACCCAAUGGAAUAGGAAAUUUGAUCAGCCUUCGGCAGCUAGUCAUAACUACAAAGCAAUAUACUUUACCAGAAAAAGAGAUUGCAAAGUUGACUUCUUUAGAAAGGUUUGAUGUCACAUAUUGUGACAAUCUAGAGACCUUGCUGUUUGAAGGAAUACAACUUUCUAAUCUGAAGUCACUGUAUAUACAUUCUUGUGGGAAUCUAAAGUCUAUGCCACUUCAUGUUAUUCCCAACUUAGAGUGGUUGUUCAUUACUAAUUGCCAUAAGUUGAAAUUGUCAUUCCACAAUGACAACCAAAUCCCAAAGUUUAAGCUGAAGUUGCUAACUCUUCGAUCUUUGCCACAACUUGUGAGUAUUCCUAAAUGGUUGCAAGAAUGUGCGGAUACAUUACAGACCUUGGCAAUUGUUGACUGUGAAAAUAUUGAUGAGCUUCCUGAGUGGUUAUCAACUCUGAUUUGUCUCAAUAAACUUGUAAUUGUAAAUUGCCCGAAAUUGCUUUCGCUCCCCGAUGACAUAGAUUGCCUUCCAAAGCUUGAAGAUUUAUCAAUUUAUGAUUGUCCUGAAUUAUGUAGAAGAUACCAGGCAGGAGUUGGACGUGAUUGGCACAAGAUAUCACACAUCAAACAAGUGAAAUUCCAUUGUCUUUAG